CACCAGCAACAGGUGGUCCAGGCAAUGGAGCGCGCCAAACAGGUGACCAUGGGGGAGCUAAAUGCUUCGAUAGGGCAGCAGCUUCAGGCCCAGCACCUAUCCCAGCAUGCUCAGGGUUUGCCAGUGGGACCACACCCAUCAGGACUGCCCCACCCCAGCCUGGCGCUCGGAGGAGGGUCGGGCCUGCUCGCUCUGUCCGGUGCUUUGGGGGCCCAGCUGGCUGCCAAAGAUGAAAGAGCGCACCUGGAGGCGGCAGCGGCUGCUUCAGCUGCCGCUGCAGAGCACCACAGAGAGCUCUCUUUCCAACGGGGAUAAGGGUCGUUCAGCAGACUACCUCAGCAACGGCAAGAAAAGGAAAGCGGAUGAGAAGGAGUUCAUGACGGACUACGGCAGUGAUGCGGAUAAGAGCGAUGAUAAUUUGGUGGUGGAUGAGGACCCCUCAUCCCCCCGCAGCGUGCAGUCCUACUCGUCACGGGAGAAUGGUUUAGACAAGAUGCCCCCGUCUCGUAAGGAGGGGCCCCCCCAGGCCAGCCCCACCUCUCUGGCAUCAUCCAGCAGCACUACCUCCCCCUCAAGAGGCAAAGAGCCCCCACAG